GAGCAGCAAAGACGAAGACAUUUUGCAUACUGCUGUAUCACCUCACGGUCUUUGCAUCUCUCUCUAUCUCUCUCUCUCUCUGCCUGUCUCACGGUUACAGACUGCUGUCAUUGAAAGGAGACCUUUACAAGGCUUGGCUGAGACAGACGGACAGACGGAGACAGACGGACAGACAGAGAGGAGAGACUUGUCGCCGUUUGAAUGACAGCCAGCAGGGCGGAAUCGGCUCCUCUCCGCUUCUUACUUAAUUGUCAGCUCUCCACGUCUCUUCAAUUCGCCACAUUUCUGGGCGUGAAUCGAUUUAUCGCCAAAGAGUGCAAGUCGCAGCUUGUGUGAAGUCCAUUGCCAUCAGCAGCAGAAGAAGAGGAAGGAGAGGAAGAGGAAGAAUAAGAGGAAGAGGUCCUUUUAAGGGACUUGGAUACUUGUUGCGCACGAGGAGCCGGAGUCUUUCUUUCUUUCUUUCUUUCUUUCCUCCUGCGUGUUGAGUUUCAGACAUCACCGGAGUUAUGACUUCGGUGUGGAAAAGACUGCAGCGCGUGGGUAAAAAAGCUUCAAAGUUUCAAUUUGUCGCCUCAUACCAGGAACUCGUGUUGGAGUGCACGAAGAAAUGGCAACCGGACAAGCUGAGGGUGGUGUGGACCAGGAGGAACAGACGCAUGUGCUCCAAGCUGCACAGUUGGCAGCCUGGGAUCAAAAACCCUUACAGGGGCAUGGUGGUGUGGCCGGUCCCAGAGAACAUCGACAUCUCUGUUACACUCUUCAAGGAGAUCAAUACCGAUGAGUUUGAAGACAAAGAUUGGACAUUCGUAAUUGAGGGUGAGAACAAGGGGCAUCGUAAGGUACUGGCAUCGGCUGACAUCAACCUGAAGCGAUUCGCCAGUCAGACGCCGACCCAGACCGACCUGACGCUGAAGCUGAAGCCGCUCUCCGUCAAAGUGGUGGAGGCCACGCUCAAGCUGUCGCUGUCGUGCGUCUUCGUCCGUGAGGGGAAAGCCACGGAUGAAGACAUGCAGAGUCUGGCCAGCCUGAUGAGCGUCAAGCCCACAGAUAUCGGCAACAUGGACGACUUCAAUGAGAGCGAUGAAGAGGAGGAGAAGAAGUCGCUCACCGCUUCAGUCGUUUCACACACACUAACUCGCCCAAAUCGCCCGGCUCCCCCUCCGCCUGACAAGCGAGACUCCGCUGGACCCACUAUUCCAGCCUCAGCCUGUUGGCGUGAUGGUCCUCCCAGCCCCGCAGUGCUCUCCCGCCCUCCUCUACCUACUGCUCCUCGCCCGUCGCCCCGCCGCAGCCGUCACUCCUUCCCCACCUCCUCCGUUCAGUCAGAGAUCCAACCUUCCCCCGGCCCCUCCCCUCAGCCCUCACCCAGAUCCAAGCAUAAAAAAUCAUCAAACCCUCUUCUCCUUGAGGCUGUACCUUCUCCUGACCCACUACCUGUUCCUCCCAGCUCACACCUCGCAGAGGCUGCUCCCCCGGUCCGAAUGGUCCACUCUGUCCUACCUCUCGCUGAAGUGUCUCCUGCAAAUCAUCCGUCCCCCAAGUUUCCCGAAGCACCCACGAUCGCGACUCCAGCCCAAGACAUUUCCUCUACCAUCCAGCCUCCAUCUCCUAAACCCUCUGGGUCUGUGUCAGUGAAGCCUGCUUCAGCAGUGCCCCCCUCCACACUGCCUUUGAAGCCGCCCAGUACCUCCGAAGCUGGCAUUCCCUCGUUCCCUCCCAAACCUCCCUCCCCUGCAUUGUCAUCACCCAAGACAAUGAUCACGUCUCCCUCCCCGGCUCCCCAAAUGUCUUCCUUCACUGUAUCCACUACUAUAAGCCAUCAGAGCAACUCUACUGCCUCUCAGCCACUGGCCCCUAAAUCCUCCUCUCCAUCUAAGCCCACCCUGUCCUCUGAGCCUCCACCUGCCCACCCGCCACUCACCCGGACCCUCUCUCAGCCUCCGUCUCUGCCCCGAAUCUUCCAGCCAUCCUCAGGAAAAGUUCCUAUUUCAAAUCAACGGCGCCCCCCGGAGGAUCAAACUCCUGAUGAUCUUACUUCAGUCUCUGGCCGUGGCCACAUUUUCAGACCUCAGGUUGUCAAAUCACUUGGAAGACCCUCAUCUCCGUCUCCUUUUUACGCUGUUGCACCUCCUCUUGAGUCAUCUGCACUCCCCAAAACUCACCUCAGUACCUUAGAGUCAGGUGCUCAGGGGACGUGGUUGACAUCUGGUAGCGACAUCACCCCUGUCCCCCUGCUGAGUAGUCCGGACCUUGAUGCCCUCUGUGAUCCUGCAGCUCCGGCCCUUACCGCCUCCCUUCCAUUCUCUCCCCCACAUCGCUCUUCCUCUCUUUCCACCUCAGUUUUAUUCUCCUCUCCUCACCCUCAGCUCGCUCUACCUCCUCCCGCUACGAUCAGCUCCUCUCAGUCAGGCCCAACCUUACCCUUCACUCACGUGGAUAAGGAAACAACUCAGAGCCUUCUGAGCCGGGACAAGGCUUCUCCUCAAAGUAACCAGUCAGUGGACAACAUCAGAGUCUCCAACCAGCCAAGCAGACCAGCCCAGGAUUCACAGUUGGCCGUGAAAAAUAAAUCAGCAACUAUCAGCUCUCAAAGAGAAGAUGCUGCUGAGGUGGGCGCCGAUGUCGGGCAGGAACACCAACCAGUACCAGUAAAAGACACAGAAACACAUCACGCAGUCGCAUCUCCUGCUGAACCUCACGCACCACCAGUUAAAGAGACGCCCAAAGAGCCAACGGGACCCAUCCUGGAACCAGGAACCUCACCAAAGGUCUCCCCAAAACCGACAGCCGACGGGACGUCUCUGGCGCUGGAGCGGCUGCUUCCCUCAAAACCAGAACCAGGACCACAGCGGGAAAAACAAGGCCUGCAGACGUCAGAGAAACCACGACAGGAGGGAGCAAUUGAGGAGAAACCAGCCGAGGCUGUGAGUGGUGGUCGGGAGAGUAUCGCCAACAACAAGGAGCCAGUGUGCGAGGCAGAAAAGCAGCUGUGGGCGACGGUGGAGGAAACCACAGCCGAGACUGGAGCGCAGGGACUGACGGAAAGUAGCAAGGAAGGAAAAGAUGAGAAGCACGAGCCGAGUGGCGUCACCGGGGGCCCAGGUCACCCAUCCCCAGCUGUUACCCAGACGGCCCCCUCUACUCUCCUCCAAUCCUUUUACCACAGCUCAGCUCCCAGUCACCUAAAUACUCAUCUCAAACCUCCUUCAGUGUCCAAUCAAGAGGAAGAAAACAGUCAGAAAACUAAAGGCAAAUCGACUGCACAGCAUUGUGGAGCACAAACACAUCCAAUGAAAUUACAGAGGGAUCAUGAUGUCACAAACGCUGGGGACGGCCUGGAGGUAGCGGCCGAUGAGGAGGGAGAACUUGUUCAAUCGUCUGUGGUGUCUUGGUCACUUCCUCUGAGCACAAACACUGCCGGCGUGCACGCACACUCAAAGACGCAGACGGGGAUAAACGCGAGUGAAAUCAACGAUGACACAAAAACGGCUGAAAUAGCCACAGAGCUACGCAAGAAUCUGGAAAUCUGGGAUGAUAAAGAAGACCAGGAUAUGCCGACCACAAAGAGGGACAGUCCACAAAUGAACCGCCUCCACACACUAACACACACCUCCGAUCUCAACCAACAAACCAAAGAGCAAAUGCUCCAACAGGAGGAAAGGCUGUUGUUGGCUAAAAUCAAUCUGAUGACAGGUGACUCGUCCCCGGCCCCCGGCCCCCGCGGCAUGAAGCUCCUCGUGCUCGACCCCCGCGAUAUUGACUGUGACGCCACAGAGCUUGUUGAUCACGGUCAAUACUGUGAAAUAUCCCUAACUGAGGCUGAGGAGCCACGGGCCAACGAGGUGGAGCAGAAUCAGGAGGGAGGGGAGGACGUGCCAAAAGGCCAAUGCGCCGACAUCCCUGAUGGUGGGCAAAAGAAGCCGCCCUCACAGCUUGUCGACGCCUCCAGCGGACGCACCAGUGAUGAUCCAGCCGUCACUCCUCCCCAUCACUGCGAGAUGACGGCAUCUCGGCUCCCCACGUUGCCGGAAGAAGAAACCUGUGACUUUAAGUCUCCUCACCCGGCGGCAAUGAUACGCGAGGAGGCCGACGGGAAGGACGAUGCAGCCGAGGGCCUGGUGAACUCCAGCCAGUCGUUGCUCCAGUGGUGUCAGAACAUCACCAACGGGUACCGGGGGGUAAAGGUCACCAACUUCAGCACUUCCUGGAGAAACGGUCUGGCCUUCUGUUCCAUCCUACAUCAUUUCCAUCCAGACAAAGUAGAUUUUGACCAGUUGCACUCUAAUGACAUCAAGCUGAACAACAAGAAGGCGUUCGACGGUUUCGAGGCGCUGGGCAUCUCUCGCCUGUUGGAGCCGUCCGACAUGGUUCUCCUGGCCGUCCCCGACAGGCUCAUAGUCAUGACCUACCUCAGCCAGAUCCGCUCGCACUUCACCCACCAGGAGUUGAGCGUGCUGCAGAUCGAGCGCAACAGCAGCCAGUCCAGCUACGGCCCGGCCCUCUCCGGUCCCGGCCCCACCAGCGUGGAUGCCGCCGCUUUCUGCAUGGCCAGACUGAACGAAGGAGUGACCUCGGAGGAAGGACGGAGCGGCGCGUUGGUCGUCCCGCCGCCGAGGUCCAAGCGACUGGUUAAAGCGGAGGACUCAAUAACCCCAGUGGCACCUCCAAGGUCGGUUACCAAAGCAGUCAAAUCUGGACCGACUCAGGAUGAUGACACAAAGACAGGAAUACACAAUAGUAAAGAGUUGCAGACUGCAACUGAGACCCAGCCUCCCAAACAAGAGGCGGAAACAAUGUGUCUGCAGGACACCAGUCAGUAUGUGCUGAGUGAGCUGGCCGCGUUGGAGUCGGAGCAGAAGCACAUCGACAGCAGAGCCGCCGUGGUGGAGAGACGACUGCGAAGCCUCAUGGAAACAGGAAGCGACCGCGAUGAAGAAGAACGGCUGAUCCAGGAGUGGUUCACUCUGGUGAACAAGAAGAAUGCUUUGAUACGCAGACAAGACAACCUGGAGCUACUACAUGAGGAGCAAGAUCUGGAGAGGAGGUUUGUGCUCCUGAACAGGGAGCUUCGGGUGAUGAUGGCUAUAGAAGACUGGCAGAAGUCGUCCACGCAGCAGCAGAGGGAGCAACUGCUCCUCCAAGAGCUGGUGUCUCUGGUCAACCAGCGGGACGAGAUCAUCAGAGACAUCGACGCCAAGGAGAGAGGGGCGUUGGAGGAGGACGAGCGUCUAGAACGCGGUCUGGAGAUGAGGAGGCAGAAAUAUAAAAACAAAGACAAAUGUGUCUUACAGUGAGAUGGGAGGUCACACACACAGUUUUUAUUAUAGGGAAUUGAUCUUUCGGGGCUUCAUAUGUCAUUGCUUUUUGAGUGGCUUUAUUUACGCCAAUAACUGUUGAAACCCGCUAUGAGGAAAGACAAGAUACCAUAAACUGUGUCUUCUAUGAAAGUGUUUUCUUGAAAAUGAAAAACUGUCAACGUUUUCCAUCCGUACUAAGUAUUAUUUUUGAUUCAGUUCACAGUUCAUAUUUAUUUAAAUGGUGUGUAAGGUUGUUGUUCAUCUGUUGUACACGUGUUUUGUGUGUAUUCAUGUGUGAGUUUGUUCGGUAUUUGAACACUGGCUUUUCCUUUUCUUUUUAUAUAAAGGAAUUGGUUACCCUUCUGAACACAGAUCUGCUGGAUUAUUAACCGAAACGUGCCUUGUUCUUUCAUAAUAUGCCAAAACAUAUCAGACAUAAAAAUGAGAGCUGACAGGUCAUGAGCCGGACUCAGACUCCUCAACGUGACAUUUUUAUAAACCCCAAAAGCAUUUCCACUUGUUGCAAUAUUAAUUGUUUUUCUUUUUUUUUGUAUGUUGGAAGUUAUUGGACCCCGCACACUUGUGCCUAACUUAAAGUGUAUGAUUGUGAGGUUCAGACCCCCUUUUACUUCUGUGUCCUCGCACGCUGUUUGAGGUGCUCUGAUAAAGUGGCUCUCUGCUUCACAUUACUACUGUAUACAAUAGCACACACUGUAUACCUGAUGCUGUCUAUAUUUAUGAGUGUAAGAUAUGUUGAAUGAUAAAGAGGUUGAAGAAACUGAAA